AUGCGUUCUCUCGCGUGCUCUCUCACGCGCUCUCUCACACGCUCUCUCACGCGCUCUCUCGCGCGCUCUCUCAUACGCUCUCUCACGCGGUCUCACACGCGUUCUCUAUCGCGCUCUCUCACGCGCUCUCUCAUGCACUCUCUCAAGCGUUCCCUCACGCGCUCCCUCACGCGCUCUCUCAUGCGCUCUCUCACGCGCUCUCUCACGCGCUCUCUCACACGCUCUCUCACGCACACACUCACGCCCUCACUCACGCGCUCUCUCAUACGCUCUCUCACACGCUCUCUCACGUGCUCUCCCACACGCUCUGCCACACGCUCUCUUACGCGCUCUCACGCGCUCUCUCAUGCGCUCUCUCACGUGUGCCCUCACGCGCUCACUAACGCGCACCCUUACACGCUCUCUCACACGCACUCUCACGCGCUCUCUCACGCGCUCUCUCACACGCUCUCUCACGCACCUCUCACGCGCACUCUCACGCGCACAAUCACGCGCUCUCGCACGCACUCUCUCAUGCACUAUCUCACGCGCUCCCUCACGCGCUCUCUCACACGCUCUCUCAAACGCUCUCUCACGCGCUCCCUCACGCGCUCUCUCACGCUCUCUCAAGCGCUCUCUCACGCGCUCUCUCACACGCUCCCUCUCGCGCUCUCUCACGCGCUCUCUCACGCGCUCUUUCACGCGCUCCCUCACGCGCUCUCUCACGCGCUCUCUCACGCGCUCUCACACGCGUUCUCUAUCGCGCUCUCUCACGCGCUCUCUCACGCGCUCUCUCAAGCGUUUCCUCACGCGCUCCCUCACGCGCUCUCUCACGCGCUCUCUCACACGCUCUCUCACGCGCACACUCACGCCCUCACUCACGCCCUCACUCACGCGCUCUCUCACACGUUCUCUCACACGCUCUCUCACGUGCUCUCCCACACGCUCUGCCACGCGCUCCCUUACGUGCUCUCACGCGCUCUCUCAUGCGCUCUUUCACCGUUCCCUCAUGCGCUCCCUCACGUGCUCUCUCAUGCGCUCUCUCACGCGCUCUCUCACGCGCUCUCUCACAAGCUCUCUCACGCACACACUCACGCCCUCACUCACGCCCUCACUCACGCGCUCUCUCAUACGCUCUCUCACCCGCUCUCUCACGUGCUCUCCCACACGCUCUGCCACGCGCUCUCUGACGCGCUCUCACGCGCUCUCUCAUGCGCUCUCUCACGUGUGCCCUCACGCGCUCACUAA